AUGGGUUAGAACGGUUGAUGUUGAUUAUUAUUGAUCGUCUGCAAUAAGAUCAAUUUUAUUGUAAUAGACAUUAUUUUUUAUUUAUUAUAUAAUUUCUCGAUACUCCUUCGUUAAAUAUCAGAGCAAUAAUAAGUUAACUUCAAAAUGGAAUUCACGCCAUCGCAAAUGCAGGCGUUAGCUACUUUAUUGAGACCACCUGAACCUGAGGUAUUACAAGGAGAGGAUUUACAAUCUACAGAAUACGAAAUAACGUCAACAAGAGACAAACUGCCGCAAUCUGAUAAAAUAAAAUCUCCGAAGACAAUCGAAGAGUAUGAAGAGCAGGAGGCAAAGGAGGCCGAAGAGCUUAGCAGGGCUGGUGCCGCCAUUGCAGACCGCAAGGUGCCUGAGUACACUAUGAAUUAUCAACAAUCGGUUUCUGCUGAGGAUGUUUUCCUUCAGAUUGGUCCAAAAACUACUUCUUCGGCAAGCUGCGAAAAUCUGAUAUUGAAGAUAAAAAUGCCUGGAGAUAGAAAAGAAAAUGUUGAUUUGGCGGUUGAUACCGCGAGCGUCACCGUUAAUUCUUCUCAGUAUUCUUUGCGUCUACCGCUUCCUCAUGGCAUAGAUCCCGACUUAUCCAAAGCUAAUUGGGAUACUGCCAGUGAAACUUUGAUCUUGACUCUUAAAUUGGAUAGGGAAUUCGAUUUUGUAAAUUUUUAAUUCUAUUACUUACUGCAUUUUCAUUGAAUUUCACGGUAUUUUACAUCCGUAAUAUUCACAUAUUUUUUGUGAAAUAAUUCCACUAGUUCAUUAUAAUUAUUAAUACAAAAAUCGAACACAAAGAAAAAUUCCCACGACCUGACAAGACUUGACUGAACCGCGGUCGCACGCGCUGUACCGUAGCGUCGGUCUGCCAACUGAGCUAAAGGACGAGUCGGGGACUACAGAAACAAUCAGUAACACGUUUAAUAAAGCACAUCAACGUCAGCUUGUGGUAGCUGUAAAGGUACCAGCAGGGUGAGAAGGUUCGUAAAUCUCCCACAAGAUGGCGCUUACGACGUUGAAAACAGCAACAAACCAAUAGAAUGAUCUAUAAGAGGCACCUAGAAGAAUUUCGUCGACCUGCUACUGCUGCUACGGUACGAGUCCUGUCAACUCGAAGAAAUUUUUCUUUGUGUUCGGUCUUUGUAUUAAUAAUUCUUAAUUCAAUUUCCCACUUAUUUUUUAGUUUUCUGUAUAAUUACGUUUACGAGCACAAUUUUAAUUAAAGAAGUU